AUUUGUAUUCGAAACCGACAGCGUUGGCCGCAGACUGCAGAGUGCAGAGUAGUGAGUGCUAAGGGUAAAUAGUUGGUUUCUCGUUUUGCUGUCGUUAGUCAUUAGUCGUUACUCGUCAAUGGUUAUUGUUAAUUAUUUAAUCUUAAUGUGUUCUGUUAUUCUGUUUGUGUGCUUUCCUCUGCAAGUUACAACUUUAUAGGCGCUAGCUGGUGUGUGUGUGUGUGUGUGUGUGUGUGUGUGUGUUUGUGAGAGAGUACUUAAGUGAGUGAUUGUCGAGACUCGAGAGUUGACUGACUGAAACGACGAACGUGUGACAAUCAGUGACAGUCGAUAGACAAUCGCAGAAGUCGUACUUGUGUAUAUUUUUUUCUCUUCCGGGGCUUAUCCCAAUGGUUUGCCUUGGUGAUUAACCACCGACCACCGUCAAAGUUCACCAUAGGACCACGAGCAAUUCGAACGCCGCACGAUGACUCAAUUUCUGCCGCCCAAUUUGCUGGCGCUUUUCGCGCCGAGAGACCCAGUCCCUUACCUGCCGCCGGUCGCCAAACUUCCGCACGAAAAGAAGACCCGUGGGUACUUGGGCGUUGGGAGUUUUAUGGAUUUGUUCGAAGACCCUGAAGACACGCCUCCUCCUACAAAAAUUGAAACCCGAGAAGAACGACUAGAGCGCCGUCGACGCGAGAAGGCUGAACAGGUGGCAUACAAGUUAGAACAAGAAAUCGCUCUAUGGGAACCACAUUCAGUUGCGAACGCUACAACAGAUCCAUUUAAAACACUAUUUGUUGCCAGAAUUAAUUAUGAUACAUCCGAAUCAAAAUUACGAAGAGAGUUUGAACUUUAUGGUCCUAUAAAAAAGAUUGUUGUCACACAUAAUAAGAUUGAUGGUAAACCAAGAGGGUAUGCUUUCAUUGAGUACGAAUAUGAACGUGAUAUGCAUUCUGCAUAUAAACAUGCUGAUGGAAAAAAGAUUGAUGGACGCAGAGUGUUGGUGGAUGUUGAGAGAGCACGGACAGUCAAAGGAUGGCUUCCUAGAAGAUUGGGAGGUGGAUUAGGGGGUACAAGACGAGGUGGACCAGAAGUCAACUUGAAACAUUCAGGUAGGGAAGAUAACGAACGGGAAAGAGAAAGGUAUGCUCGUGAAAUGGCUGGUAGUCGUUCCGGACGUAGUGUUACUACAGAAAGAGAUCGAGAACGUGAUUAUCGUGACCGAGAUAGAGAUCGUGAACGUGAACCAAGACGUCCUCGUAGUAGAGAUCGUGAAAGAAAACGUCAUCGUUCUAAGUCACGUUCACGCGAACGCAAGAGACGUCGUAGCAGAGACCGUGGUGCUAGGGAUGUAGAGUAUGAUGAAGUUGAAGAGGUUCCCGUUACCAAGUCUAGAGAUAAAGAUCAUGAGCGUGAAAGAAAAAGAAAGCGCAGUCGUUCUAGGGACCGUGAACGUAAGAAGGAUCGUAAAGAAAGAGAUCAUCAUCGCCGAGACAAGAGUAAAGAUCGCCGUGAUAAACACGAUAAAGACAAUUCUGAACGUGAUGACAAAAUUCAUAUUAAACAAGAACCUGUUGAUGAAUAUGACAAUAAUUAUGACAAUUACAAUAACGAGUAUGAUGGUUACAACAGUCCUCAUGAUGAUUAUGAUCCAGAUAUGGUUAAAAAAGAGGAACCCGAUGAAGAAAAUGCAAAUGGUAGCCGUUACAGUAAUAAUGUAAUAUGAUAUAAUAGACUGUCUUGUAUUGCAUUGUCUAUUUUUAACAUAAGUAAAAAUGUAAAACUUAAGAAAAAUGGAAUUAAAAAUGUAAUAAUUAUUGUUUAGUUCAA